CUGACUCCUCAUCAGAACUGCAACAGCGGCACAAGACUGCAGCAGCCACAAGACGGGAGGAAUCUGACACUGAAACGACAGCUUCACAAAACAAAAAGCAUUUCAAGUCUAAUCUUUGGAUCCAAAAAACUCUUGAAGGCAUGAUUGCUUCACAGUUUCUCCCCGCUCUCAUGUUCGUGCUUCUCCCAUUUAAAGAGAGCGAAGCCUGGUCUUACAACGCUUCCACGGAAUACAUGACUUUUGAUGAGGCCAGUGCUUAUUGCCAGCAAAGGUUCACACAUCUGGUCGCAAUUCAAAACCAGGAAGAGAUCAAAUACCUGAAUGCCAUGUUCAGCUAUUCACCAAAUUACUACUGGAUUGGAAUCAGAAAGAUCAACAAUAAGUGGACCUGGAUUGGGACCCAGAAACCUCUGACCAAAGAGGCUGAGAACUGGGCUCCAGGUGAACCAAACAACAAGCAAAGCGACGAGGACUGUGUGGAGAUCUACAUCAAGAGAGACAAAGACACGGGCAAGUGGAACGACGAGAGAUGCAGCAAAAAGAAGCUCGCCUUGUGCUACACAGCUGCCUGUACCCACUCAUCCUGCAGUGGCCACGGUGAAUGUAUAGAGACCGUCAACAACUACACUUGCCAGUGCUACCCUGGCUUCAGGGGACUCAAGUGUGAGGAGGUUGUGUCCUGUCAGGCACAGAAAGCCCCUGAACACGGAAGCCUGGUUUGCAACCACCCCUUGGGGAGCUUCAGCUACAAUUCUUCCUGCUCUGUGAGCUGUAAAGAGGGCUAUGUCCCAGGCAGCAUGGAGACCUCGCAGUGCACUUCCUCUGGAGAGUGGAGCGCUCCUCUUCCAGCCUGCAAUGUGGUUGAGUGUGAUGCUUUGACAAACCCUGUCAACGGAGUCGUGAAAUGUCCCCAGAGCCACGGAAGCCUCCGCUGGAACACCACCUGUGCAUUUGAGUGUAAGGAGGGGUUUGAACUAGCUGGACCCCAGGCUCUGCAGUGCACCUCAUCCGGGGACUGGGACAACAAGCAGCCAACGUGUAAAGCUGUGCCCUGUGAUGCCCUGGACGAUCCUCAGAACGGCUCUGUGAGCUGUAGCCACUCGUCUGCUGGAGAGUUCGCCUUCAAGUCAUCCUGCCACUUCACCUGUGCGGAAGGCUUCAUGUUGCAGGGACCGGCCCAGGUUGAAUGCACUGCCCAGGGGCAAUGGACACAGCAAGUUCCAGUGUGUGAAGCCAUGAAAUGCAAUGCUGUCCCCUGGCCCAGGAAUGGCUCAGUGACGUGUACCCAUUCCCCCGCUGGCGAGUUCACCUACAAGUCCUCCUGUGCCUUCAGCUGUGAGGAAGGCUUUGCAUUACGUGGAUCAGCUCAGCUUGAGUGUACAUCUCAGGGACAAUGGACACAGGAGGUCCCCUCCUGCCAAGCAGUACAGUGUUCAAGUUUGGAUGUUCCCGGAAAGAUCAACAGGAGCUGCAGUGGGGAGCCUGUGUUUGGCACCGUGUGUACGUUUGCAUGUCCUGAAGGAUGGACACUGAAUGGCUCUGCAGCUCUGACAUGUGAUGCCACAGGACACUGGUCUGGGAUGCUGCCUACCUGUGAAGCCCCUGCUGAAUCCAAAGUUCCCUUGGUAGCUGGACUUUCUGCUGCUGGAAUCUCCCUCAUGACAUCAGCAUCCUUUCUCCUCUGGCUUCUGAAACGCCUUCGGAAGAAAGGAAAAAAAUUUGUCCCUUCCAGCAGCAGUCACAGCCUUCAAUCAGAAGGAUCCUACCAAAUGCCUUCUGAGUUAAUUUAAGUCCAAAGGAAUCAGGAACACAGGAAAAUUAGGGAUCUAGAGUGAUACCUUGAAGAUAGUAGACACAGAGAGCUCUCCUUGGAUCUCUGGCCCUUCUCACCUCCUGCACCUGCUGGCUGCCUCUACGGCUGGGACCGUGGACCCACGAGGACUUCAAUGGACCCAAAUCCAGUGGGCAAGGCCAGCCUGCCACCAAAAAGACUCAGUGUUCCCUUUUCCAGUGCUGGCUACUGGAAGGAAGGAAUAUUCUUUCCCACGCAAAAGCGGAGAGACUAAGGCUCUGGAAUCUCAGAAUUCCUUUUCUAACUUAUCCCUUUGCUCACUGUGAAAUCUUGGUGGUGAAAUACAAUAUUUUGUGACACUGUU